ACAAACAAACCGUGCUUAGCAAAUAGCCUUUACUAGACAAUUAAGCUCUCUUUUCCUCACCCUAGCUUCUUUCAUUCUCCAAAUCAAACCCAUGGGAAACUACGUUGAGGAUUGCGAUUAUGAUCAUCAUCUCACCGUGAAGAAAUGGGAGCCCGUUUUGGUCACACCGGUCGAGGAGACGAAUAAAGGCAUCUACUUCCUCUCCAACGUCGACGAGGACGAAACCCUCGUCCGUACCAUUUACUGUUAUCAGCAUAAGAAAACUAACGAUGAUCACGGUCCUUCGGAGGUGAUCAAGAAUGCUUUGAGCAAGGUUCUUGUCCACUACUACCCUCUCGCCGGCCGGCUGGUGACCACCGCCGACGAGGGGAGGCUCGCCGUGGACUGCACCGGCGAGGGCGUGUUGUUCGUGGAGGCGGAAGCGAAUUGCACGUUGGGGAGCGUUGACUUCUCCAGGCCUGACGCGGAAACACGUGGCAAGUUGGUGUAUGAGAUUCCUGGUGUGAAGAGCAUCUUUGAGAUCCCUCCUCUCAUGAUCCAGGUGACCAAGUUCAAAUGCGGUGGAUUCGUGCUGGGAGUCUCGUUCAACCAUCUCACCGCAGAUGGACAGGCGGCCAUGGAAUUCAUCAACUCAUGGGCCGAAACAGCUCGAGGAUUGCCGCUCUCUGUCCAGCCUUACCUCGACAGAACCAUCCUCAAAGCUCGAAACCCACUGAGAAGCGAGUACCACCAUGCUGAGUACGACAUGUUAGAAGACAAAUCGGCACCACCAAACAGCAAAGAAGAAACCAUCUACGACUACAUCUACAUCAACGAGCAAAUGAUCCAAAAGUUGAAGCGACAAAUCGCAGCUGAAAUACACGGGCCUAGUACUCCUCCAGGUCCCGUAAGACUUUGCAGCUCCUACGUGGCCUUGUCUGCUUUUGCAUGGAGAGCUCGAGCCAAGGCCCUGAAGAUGGCGGCAGACCAAGAGACCAGAAUCCUCCUUGUGGUGAACACGAGAGACAAGUUCAACCCACCAUUGCCAAAAGGGUAUUUUGGCAAUGCGGUCAAGUUCAUCAGUGCUGUAAGCUUGGCCGGUGACUUGGUCGACAAGCCACUUUCAUAUGCGGUCGGAAAAGUUCAAGAGGCGAUCAGGAGCGUUACAGACAGUCAGCUGAGAUCUGGGAUUGAUUACUAUGAGGUGCACAAGACCAAAAGACCGAUGGGUUGUACAAUGAUCUCGACUGCUUGGUCGCGGUUGGCUUUUGGCUCGACCGAUUUUGGCUGGGGCGAGCCGAUUAUGACUGGACCGGUCGAGUUGCCUGUGGAUGAGGUGAUCAUAUUUCUGGCUCAUCCAAAGGAGAAAGGCAGCUUGAAUGCGUAUGUUGGGUUGCCAACGUCUGCUAUGAGGAGUUUCCAAAAGUUGUGGCAAGAAAUAGUUUAAAAAUUGGAGAUAGGAAUAAUGAAACCGUCUCGUUAUGAAAUCACAUGUUGGAGUGAAAAAUGAUAUCUCUCCUUCCUUCUUUUGCUAAGUUUUUUUUUUUUCCCUGUCUUUUUUAAAUGUGUAUGGACUAUGGAGUCAUGUAUUUUGUUGUUCCUCCCAAAAGAUUAACGCUUCAGUUAAAUUUUGGGAGUGUUAUGUAAAAUAUAUUACAAUUGAUUGCUUCUUGGAUUCGAGUUGUUUGAAUUUGAAAUUAUAAUUAAGAAGGUUUGUAAGGUAAAUGCUAUUUGGCAUGAGAUUACAAUAGCGUCUUUUCAAUAUGGUGCCGUUUUGUUAGAUAUUUCUUUGGUUGCAUUUUUGUUCAAUAUUCUAAUAGCCCAUCAUAUUUAUUUUUAUAUGAUUUAAAAUUCAUCAAAUGUAAGAAGAGAAGGUCGAAAUAGUAUCUAAUCACAAAAAGUAAAUAUUACCAAGGAAGGACUGGUGUCUAGCUACGUGCAAAUUAUUAAAUAUGCAUGCCAAAUGCCAAUGCAAGUUAGCAACUUCACAUAAUCUUACUGUCCUAAAUUUACUAUACCUUAACGAUAAUUGCUUUCAUUUAACUUAAGCAGUGUAUAUAGUUAGUUAAAUACGUACGGAACUCUAUACAUCAUUCUAGCAUAACAAUGUAUUUAAAAGCUUGGUUCCAGUUAUAGAAUAUUUGUAAUAUAUAAUCUGAAAAUUAAAUAUAAAUAUAAAAAAAUUAUUAAGUUUUCAACGGAAUUUCAAUAUUAAAGUGCGUGUAUAUAUGUAACAUUUUGUAAGUACUUUACACAUGUUUAUUACGUGAACUAUUAGACGAAUGAGAAAAAAUGAGACAGUUGUACAAUAUUACGUGAUCACAUAUCUUAAAUACAAAUUAAUUAGUAUACGAGUAUUAUACGGGUACGUACGAAAUGAUCAAAUCAAUCAUCACGAGCCACACACUUGUAUUCAACGUUACCACACCACAUACCACCUACCUUCAAAAAUGGUGGAAAAUACAAAGAUACAGAAAUGGGCUGGAGGAGUGGAGAGAUACUGAUGACCAAAUUUGGAAAAAUGAAACCACUCGCGAUCCAUAGGGGGAAUUAGUAGGUUUUAGAGUGUAGAGAUAACGGUUGGUUUUCCAACAACCUUGGGUCCAAAAGCUUUAAUUGACAGCCGAAAACUUGGACUAAUUAGAAAGUUUUAGAAAGUUGUUCAUUAUUUAAGGGGAGAAAUUAUUAUUCUCGAAUAACGUAUAUAUAUAAUGUGAAUGUUAAUAAUUUGAGUUGUUAAGAAAAAUCCUACAUAUAAUAAUUUUUUAUAAUUUUUUCACGUUCCAAUAUUAUGUUAGAAAACCGAUUCAUAUAUAUUUAUGAUGAAUUAACAUGGUUGAUUUAAAACACUAUGUGCAUAUGAUGAAUUUAUAUGAGCUUUGUAUAUAUCCAUGAUCAACCUUUUUUUAUGAGCUACAGUCCAUUGUCGAGUAAGAAAAUAACAUUGUUGUGGUUUGAAUUUUGUGUGUGCAACCUACAACUGCAAGUGUAACAAUAAUAAUGGGUUAUUAGUCUCCCUCUCCUAAUAAUCGGUGGAGAUUCCUCUCAUUGCCACCGAUAGUGUGAAAGGUUAAGCCCAUCUUUUCAUGAGAAAUUCAAUGAAAAAUACAAGAAGAGAUCAAUCGUAUGGCCCCUAGCAGCUGGUCGGUAGAGAUUCCUCUCAUUGUCUUGUGAAAAGUUAAGCCCAUCUUUUCCUCAUAAUCGAGUCAAAAUAAGAAGAGAUCGAUAAGGCCAACCAACAUUGUUACUUGUUGCUUGCUCAAGCAAACUAGCUAGACCACUCAUGACAUUUUCCACAGCUCGAACACGACAUGCAUGCUGAGCCAAAGCUGCAGGCACGUCGAUUAUCAAUCUAUCAAUCUAUACAUAGAUACUAUACUAGAUUAUUCGAAUUAAU